AGAUCUGUGGCCCUCCGACCGUUACGUGACGCUAUAACCGGCGGUACUUCACACUUUCGUCGUUACGUAAGCACUUCACUGUCGAGACGCUCCCAAGCAGUUCUAGGCUUUAGCUCCUUUUUUCCCCCCCCGUCAACAUGAACUCAACCGCCGUAAAAGAGUCUGAGAAGACAUGCGUCCUGUGCUGCCAGGACAUCGACAUCUUCGCUUUGGGUAAAUGCGAUCACCCGGUGUGCUACCGCUGUUCCACCAAGAUGAGGGUACUCUGCGACCAGAAGUACUGCGCCGUUUGCCGCGAGGAGCUUGACAAGGUGGUGUUUGUUAAAAAGCUGAAGACCUUUCAGUCUCUGCCUUAUCAGCAGUUUCCCUUUGAGAAGAGAUACGACAUAUAUUUUGUAGACGAAAUGACCCACUCUCAGUACAGGCGUCUGUUGCUGUCGGAGUGCGUCCGAUGUCCAGAACCUAAAGUUUUCUCCAGAUUUGAGGAGCUGGAGCAGCACAUGAGGAAGCAGCAUGAGCUUUUCUGUUGCAAGCUCUGCUCAAAACAUCUCAAGAUCUUCUCUUAUGAGCGGAAGUGGUAUAACCGUAAGGAACUGGCGCGGCACAGAGCGCACGGCGAUCCAGACGACACGAGUCACAGAGGACACCCGCUCUGCAAGUUCUGCGACGAGCGUUACCUCGACAAUGAUGAGCUGCUCAAGCACCUGCGCAGGGACCACUACUUCUGCCAUUUCUGCGACGCGGACGGCUCACAGGAAUACUACAGUGAUUACCGGUAUCUAAGCGAGCACUUCAGAGAGAGCCACUAUCUGUGCGAGGAAGGGCGCUGCGCCACGGAGCAGUUCACGCACGCGUUCCGCUCCGAGAUCGACUACAAGGCCCACAAGGCUGCGGCGCACAGCAAGAACCGAGCAGAGGCCCGGCAGAACCGCCACAUCGACCUGCAGUUCAACUAUGCUCCGAGGCAGCAGAGGAGGAACGACGGCAUGGUUGGAGGCGAGGACUAUGAGGAAACGCGGCAUAAUCGAGGAGGUCGGGGAAGACUGCAGAUGGGCCAGAAGAGCUGGAGGUACUCCCGGGAAAGAGAAGAAGAGGACAGGCAGGUCGAAGCAGCUUUAAGAGCGUCGAUGGCGAUGCAGAGGCAGACGGAGCGGACCGCCAUGCUAAGGCAAACAGAGCGACCGGUGACACAAAGGCAAACAGAUCGACCCGCGAUGCAAGAGAGGAUCACUUCAAAACACAUUAGAGACGAGAGACUAGAGCCUGACGAGCCCAGACACCUGACUGGACCGAUCAAACUGAGCAACAAGCCUCCAGUAAAAACAAUGAAGAGCUCUAAUCCAGGAGAUGAAGACGACUUCCCCGCCGUAGCGCCGAUCGCGAAGCCGGGUCCGGCAGCAGCUUCUGCCGCGGCACUGAAGGAAGAGGAGUUCCCGAGUCUUUCCAGCGCUGCGGUUUCCUCCCCGAUGACCCCUGCAUAUUCCGGACAGCCGAAAAAGAAUUCCUCCUUCCAAGAGGAGGACUUCCCCGCUCUGGUGCCCAAAGUUCGGCUUCCCAAACCCGCAGCGAGCGCCAACUCGGCGUGGUCCAACAGCACUCCUGUGGCCAAACCGAACGCUCAACUUCCUCCUUCCUCCAGAGCUCCGCCUCCUCUCUCAGCCGCUCCCUCAGGGCCACAGCUCCUCUCUUCUUCAAACUCGUCAUCCUCCCGCAAGAAGAAGAAAGUCGGGGAAAAAGAAAAGGCGACGCCUCCCUGUCUGUCUGACGACGACGACGACAGCGGAGGAAUGACGCAGCAGGAGUUCCGCUCGGUGCCCACCAUGCUGGAUAUCUCCUCCCUCCUCACCGUCAAAGGAGCCAACACCAAGCCCUCCGCCACCCCAUCCUCUGCAAAUCCGCCCCCCAACACAGACCCGCCCUCCUCCAAAGCCGGCAAGAAGAAAAAGCAGAAAAACUCGGCCGCCUCCUCCGCGUCGGCGCCCGCCGUUUCGGGCGCGACGGCACCGAUGAACGUGAUCUCAGUGGAAACGGCUGCGCAGAAGGAAAACGUCCCAGAGAAAACCUGGAGCAAAUCGCUGUCCGGCGCCGUCACAGCAACCAGCGUGUCGGCCAGCGGUCCCACUGACACGACAUCGGCCGUUUGCAGAGAAUCUUCGAGGGCAAUGCCGACGCCUGUUGUUGUUCCGACGCCGGAGCCAGAGGAGGAAUUCCCCGCUCUCAUGACCAAGAAACCUCCUCCAGGGUUCAAGACCUCCUUCCCGGUGAAAACCGCAGCGCCAAGCCCAGCCCCUGCGAUGCCCCCGCCUCCACCUGGACUGGGAAGCUCAGCCCCGAAGCCGCCGCCGGGCUUCACAGGAAUCCCCCUCAACAGCAACGUGGUGGAGCCUGCAGUCAGCCUACCCCCCAAAAUGCCGACUAAUGGCUAUUUGGUGCCGGACGACUUCCAGCAGAGAAACCUGGAGCUCAUCAAGUCUAUUAAAAAGUACCUCCACCAUGACGAGUCCAGUUUCAACCAGUUCAAAAAUUAUUCGGCUCAGUUUAGACAGGGCGUGAUCUCAGCGGCUCAGUACCACCGCAACUGCAAGGACCUGCUGGGCGACAACUUCAACAGCAUCUUCAACGAGCUGCUGGUCCUGCUGCCGGACACCGGCAAGCAGCAGGAGCUGCUGACCGCCCACGCCGACCGCAAGGCGCAGGAGAAGCAAUCCGGCGCCAGCGGGGGGAAGAAGAACAAGAACAAGAAGACCGCCUGGGAGACGCCCGCCACGGCGGCCGAGCUGGACUGCCAGGUGUGUCCCACCUGCCGACAGGUUCUGGCCCCAAAGGACUUCAACUCCCACAAGACCCUGCACAUCACCGAAAGCGAGGAGUUCCCCUCCUUGCAGUCCAUCAGCCGCAUCAUCAGCUAGCCCCUUCACCCCCCCCCCUGUCAGUUUAUGUCCGUUUGCCAUUGCCGGGCAACAUUUCAGCUGCCGUGCUGUGAAGGCGUUGCAGAUGCCAGCGGGCGACAGCAGCAGCCAGUUUACCGUUUACGCAAACAGAGAGAGCCUGAGGCCUUCCUCUGAUGCAGAUUGUAUAGAUGGGUCGGUCCAAAUGGUUUUCCACUUGGAUCCGCUUCCUUUGAGGAUGUCUCCAACCGGCACUCACUGAGAGUGUCUGUAAUCAAAACUGUGACGAUGAUGAUGAUGAUAAUAAUAAUAAUAAUGGAGGAACUGGGUUCCUGUCUAAGAAAGAAAUUCAAAUAAUUUACUUUUUUUUUUUUUUACGUUGCUUUUUUGCUUUUAUGUAAACAGAGAACUGCACUUUGUCUUGGUGACAUGAGUCAAUGUGAGCAUGCAUGGCAGCGGUGCUGCUUGGUUGAACAACUAGGCAAUUCAGUUCCAGUAAUUAACAUCAUAUUUAUUUAAAUACAACAGAUUGAUUGCUUAGGGGUUUUUUUGCUGCUUAAUUCAGAGGGUGGUCUGCCAGCUCAUGGUGCAAGGAUUUUCUUUUUGUCAUGAUGUGACAGAAAAUAAGCUGCUUCUGACAUUGGAACAAAUUUCUGUUCAUAUUUAAAGUGUUAUGAAUUUUUUUUUUAACAUUCACACUCAUUCCGUUCGUAUCCCCGUCCCGUAAUCUUGGCAUGAUCAUCACCAGGGCCGUUGUACUGUACAAGGCUUCACCUUCAACCCUCUGCUUCUCCUUAAGAAUCACUGGGCAAUGAGACUGACGUCAUUCAAUUUCAAUCCCAGCUUUAAACUAUUGCACGUUUUACUAUAAUUUGAAGAAACAUAACCUCCAUCAAAGCACUUUAAUGUGUCGACACAAGUGCCAGCGCUCAUUUCUGUUUCGAGGUUUCUGGUUUUGCCCGGAAGUCGUACAUCAGUGCACUGUUUUCCAUCCACUUCCAAUAAAGCUGAUCGCAUUGUA